AUGGAAGACGGGGACGGGAUUUUCGGAUUGCUGGACGAGAUGGAGGGGAUAGAGGAAGAUUGGGCGGUCGGGUGUGAAGGUGGGGGAGAAAUUCUCGACAUGGACCAAUUCCCGGACUGGGACUUUCCUUCAGACCGAAGCAAUGUUUCAUCUUUCACUAUCCCCUUAUUGACUCCUUCAUCGUCCCCUGCUGCUUCGGGGAUCUCAGUGCUUGCCUGCAUCGAGAACACUAUUACCUCUCUAACCACGACGCUCACACAAACCCCAUCCGCCUCCUCUGUGGGCAUCUCGCUCCAUUCCCGCCGCCCACAAACCACCUACUUCUCCCCGCACACCUCCUCAAUCCUCCCGCUCCCGCACACCCACCCCUCGCAUUUCACCAACACAACUUUCCCCCGAAACCCCCGACAAUUCACCUGCAUCCUGACACUCCUUUCCAUCUUGCAUGCUCACCAUUCCCCCACCUCAACACCCCCACCACCCCCGCUAACAAAGCGCCAAAUAUACUACCACAAUCCAACCCUCUUCCGCACCCAACGCAAUGUGGACCACCUCCUCGACUCCCUCGCAGCGACAUUCCGCCUAACCAGGCAGGAUCUGGGCAUCUGCGCUGCGGGGAGGGGACUUGUGUACGGAGAAGUAUAUAUCGAAGGUGCCUACUUUGGCGGGGAGGGCGGCGGGCUCAUACCGCCUUCAUUCGCGCCCGAGAGCGUAAUACUGGCUGCCGACGUGGGAAGCGUACUACUCGUCGAGAAAGAGACCAUCUUCCGAGCACUGAGUUCCCUCCGCUCGGGGAUUGUGCAAGAGGGUUUGGUCAUGCUCUGCGGGAAGGGAUAUCCGGAUUUAAGCACCCGCAGACUCUUGUUCCUGCUCCGGGAGAAGAAAGGUGUAGAAAGGGCGGCCACUUUGGUAGACUUCGACCCGGGCGGGGUGGAGAUCGCUGCGACAUACAAGUUCGGCAGCACAUUGCUGGCGCACGAACGUGUAGCGGUGCGCGGGGUUGAGGUCAUUGGCGUUCUAUCGCAGGAUCUAGUUUCUCUAAUCACUUCCGCUAACGCCUCCGCCGCUGGCGGUGAUGGUGGGGCGGCUGUAACUGCUCUCACCCCUAGAGACCGCAAAAAGGCCCUGGCGUUAUUAGCCAGACCCUGGAUGCUCACAACACCAUCCUGGAAAGUGGAAAUUCAAAGAAUGCUGUUCUGGGGCAUCAAGUGCGAGGUGGAAGCCUUCUACUCGGGCGCUUGCUUCGCACGGUGGGUUUUGAGAAGGGUUGGUAAAGCCGUUGCUUGAUCAUUUCCGAUAGAUCGAUAUAUAUUAUGAAAGUGUGUGGAUAACAAUCCUACACCACAAUUAUGAAGAAGAAAGUGU